CCCAGCACACACAUACUCGAGAGAGAGAUAGACCAAUCUCCGAGAUAAGAUUAGACAAAACCACCACUCUCUUUCGGCCUCUAACCCAUUCUCUCCCGCGCAAGACGUCCACCAUGGGCAAGAAGAAGCACCAAAACGACUUCUUUUUCUUCAUGUUGGAGAAGAGGAGUGAAGUUGAGAAGAGAGUCGGCCGAGUCGUGACCAUGGCGGAGCUGCCUGGCCUUCUCUACACCGAUUGGAAGGCUUUGCCAGAAGAAGAGAAACGCAAGUACAAGAACAUGAGGGGUGACAAACGAGCUAACGAAAAAUUUGAUUGUAGAGGAAUACCUUUGGCUGACUUACAACAAGAAGAGGAGAAAAAAAAGAGGAAAAUCGAGGAGAUGAGAAGCUACAUUGCAAAUAAUGUUUCAAUGUUGCAUUCGGGCAAUGCUCUUCACUGUGGUAAGUUCUACAUUGUCUGUACAUCUUACUAUGUGUUGACUGAAGAGGGCCAGUAUGUUCCUGCGGAGAUUGGAUUAGUUCAAUUCUCUUUGCAGCGAGGGAUUACCAAGGAAUUCCACGUGAUUCUGAAACCGGUGAUCCCCCUGUCCUACGGUUACAUGGCUCAAGUUUACUCCGAUGCAAACCAUAUGCUCCUUGAUGAAGAGAACACAAGUGGUGAGGAGAAGGAUGAUGUGGCUGUGGCCCUCAAGCAGUUUGUACAGGAAGAGAAUAAUAGGCUGCCUCUAUUAUACACUUUGGAAGAGGAAAUGCUACAGGCUGAUGCAAUCCUUAGUGGAAUAUGCGGACCAGAUUACUACAGUGUGUAUUCCCUAGACCAGCUGUUCCAGCAUUUGUACUCUGUGACUUUUGUUGACAAUCCCAUACCCUUGAGCAUUGCUACUGAUAUGCUGACACACUGUAGCCUGGAUUACCACCCAUCCUUGCCAUGUGGAUGGCACCAGAUGUACCAAAAGGAUGCAGGUCGAUACUGCUCUUUAUCUUGUGCAAAACGUUGGGUGUUUCACAUUUGCGAUAACAUGAAACUGUUAGACACCUUUGGGAUAAAGCCACAGGAGGGUAAACACCUACCCCAUCCCAUCCCAGCUUUUGGCAUUGUGGUAGAUGUUCCCAGACACACCUUUAAGGAUUGCUCUCUAGAAAGUCGUGGUGCUAGUAAUUCCAGGGUUGACAGAUCCUAUGUAGAUGGUGCCUCCUCUCAACCAUGGCAGGCGGUUAAUUCUUCUGGAAGUAGAAGCAAAGGAAUGCAGAAUAAACCCAUGCCUGAACAAAAUGAUGUAGGAUUUUCUUUCACAAGGAAGACAAAGGUUGAGGCAGCCCCAACAGGAGCUCCAGCAAGAGCUCCAGCCAGACUCAAAGGAUCUUGGAGUAAUGCAGUUGCUUCCUCUUCUCCAAGAGCACCUACCAUGGCAGCCUCCUUCUCUGCUUCAAGUGUAGACACCUCGUGUGAAGAUGACUUCCCUGCUUUGGGAGCAAGGAAUGGAUUUUCAGGCAAUAGUUGGAACUCCCCAUCUCAUAAGAGAGGCCAGAAGAAGAAAUGAUCUGAUGGGUAUUUUAGCCUAUAAUUUUUGGUGAGGAUAAAGUAUGGAUUUCCCUAGUUCAUCAGGAGGAAAAUAUUUUUUAAUUUUUCCUCCACUUUUAGUUAUGGAAGCUUUAUUUUGUGUAUAGGUGAAGAUUAAUUUUGUUGUAUUGCCUUUUACUGUUGGUAAAAGCUGUUGUCUUCCAGAAAAAAGAAAAAAAAAUCCAUCAACAUUUUUUUUUUUUUUUGCUACUUUGUUUCAUUUUGAUGUUGCUUUAGUGCUGUUUGAUUUAACAUUAUUAAGCCUACAUUUGAAAAGUAUUGUAUAAGUUCUGCUCCCAAUAUAAAAAUGUUUUGUUCUUUUUGAUGCACUUUUGCAAACAUAGAAAGUUGAAUGGUUUGUGUUUGAUGCUUAGAAAUUUGGACAAAGCUUUGUAAAGAAUAAUUAUGAUUGACUUUAUAUUAAGAAUCAUCUUUUAGUAAGAUAAUCAUGGGUUACAAGAAUAUUAGUCUUGUUUUUAGAAUGUAUUGUUUAGCUCAUUUAUAUUACUAAAUUCUUACUUUCUGUCAAGGAAAUGGCUAAUGCUAUUGUAAUUGUGCCAACCAUUAAUUUUAAUGUAAAGAAUAAAAUUCCAUUUCA